GUUCUCUCUUUGAAAGCCAAAGAAAAUAAACAAGAUGUCUGGUCGUGGUGGCGGAAAAACUGGAAAGGUCAAAGCCAAGGCGAAGAGCCGCUCAUCUCGGGCCGGGCUUCAGUUCCCUGUCGGCCGUGUCCACAGGCUCCUGAGGAAGGGCAACUACGCUCAGCGGGUCGGUGCCGGAGCUCCGGUGUACCUGGCGGCGGUGCUGGAGUAUCUGACCGCUGAGAUCCUGGAGCUGGCUGGGAACGCUGCCCGCGACAACAAGAAGACCAGGAUCAUCCCCCGUCACCUGCAGCUGGCCGUCCGCAACGACGAGGAGCUCAACAAGCUGCUGGGCGGAGUCACCAUCGCUCAGGGCGGCGUGCUGCCCAACAUCCAGGCGGUGCUGCUGCCCAAGAAGGCCGAGAAGCCUCCCAAGAAGUAAACACCCGGCUACAAACAAACAAACAAACAAACAAACGGCUCUUUUCAGAGCCACACACACUGAACUAAAGACUCUGAUCCUGUCUUACUGUCUGUGUGAUGUUACAGUGUUUAUGAAGUGGUUAAACACUGAAACACAUCUGAGCCUGAUGACAGUCGUUAUCACCAAACAUCAACAGUCAAGAAACAUUAUUUUCUUAAUAUUCGCUACACAAAGCAUGACAGAACACACAUGAAUGACUACAGAGCAAAAUUAAGAUGAAGACUAGUUAAAAGCUCUGGUUUACGCCAUGUAAUGACAUCCUUAAUGGUUCCCUUUGACA